CAAUGAAUUGUUUGAGCAAAAUGAAAUCUCUCAACCCGCCUCUUUUAGUAGCCUUGAACAAGCUUUCCUUUCAAAGAAAUAUACCAACUUGCUUCGUGAAAAAUAUUAGUGGAGUUGCUUAUACUUUUUCGCGCCACGGUAAAGUUACGGAUGUCCUGAAAAAGGAGACUCAAAGUUAUGAUGAGAAGAAGCUUGGUCCGUCGCAAGUACUCGUGUCUUUUCUUGCCUCCACUAUAGGAACAACAGAUUUGGCUUUUAUAAGAGGCAUGGGCAAACUAGAUGGUUCUUCUUCCAUCAAGUUGCCUUGGGUUGCUGGUUUAGAGGGCGUGGCAGAAGUUGUAGCUACGGGAAAUCAGGUAAAGUCUGUCGGUGUUGGAGAUCGAAUAAUACCUUUUGGUUUUGCAAUCGGUGCCUGGAGAGAACAUGGUAUAUUCAGUGAAUCACAAGUAGUCCCGAUUUCCAAAUCGGUUAAGCUAGAAUACGCGUCUUUGGCAUCAGGUGGUCCAUGUGUUGCUUAUCGAUUGCUUGAAGAUUUUGUUCAUCUUUCACCCGGAGAUGUUGUUAUACAGAAUUGUGGAACAGGAGCAGUUGGUCUUUCAGUUGCUCAAAUAGGAAAAGCAAAAGGAUUGCGAGUAAUAAGUGUCAUCCAAGAACGCGGAAAUUACGGUCCUACUGUGGAGAGACUGAAGGCCUGGGGCAAUGAUAUUGUUGUGUCACAUCGUUAUGUUGGAACUUUUGCAAUGAGACGUUUAUUGGAAGACUUGCCUCCACCAAAACUGGCUCUCAAUGGUGCUGGUGGUCCAACAGCAACUGAACUUGCACGUUUACUUGGAAAGGGUGGUACAAUGAUAACGUACGGAAAUGCUUCCAGGAAACCUUUCAGUAUUCCAACAGGUAUAUUUACUACAAAUGAUAUCUCACUUAGAGGAUUUUCGAUGCUCAGUUGGUUGCAAUCAAAGUCAGAGAGUGACGUGAAGAAAAUGUUACAAAGUGUCACUCAAAUGAUGGAAAAUGAUCAGCUAAAAUUCUGGAUUGAAAGGAAAAAGUUGGAAGAACUCGAAGUUGCGUUACAAGCAUUGUCAAGACCACAACAGGAAAGAAGAAUAGUUUUAGUAACGAAGAAGGGAGAGAUGUAUUUGAGUGGUUAACGUCGCCGCUACUAUAAAAAAACAAUCACAAUGUUUCUAAUUC